GAAAGAUUGAAAUUUGAAACCCUCUCCCUUUCUCUGGAGCUCCAGCCGCAAGGAGUGAGAAGCAUCAUUUCUUCAAAGCAAAUCCAUCUUCGUUCUUCAAAGCAUCAUCGGUCUUUCUUCCUAAUACUAAGGAAAAUAAAGAAGAAAAAGGAAGAAGAGGAAGAAGAAAGAAGAAUCCAACCCAACCUAACCUUCUUCUCGAAGGAACACCGCGCGCAGCACCAACCACCAGAUGGCUUUGAGAGGUGCGUGGCAAUUGCAAAAGCUGAUUGUGAGCUUUUCUGAUUGGGGAGGAAGCAGUAGGGGAAUCAGGUCAUUUAUGGAGUCAUAUCUACCAGUAUUUAAGGAGAAGAAUCCUCAGCUGGAGGUGGUUACUGAACUCAUCCGGGGUCAGCAUCCACAUUUGAAGGGCUUAUACAAGAACAAAAGUGAGAGGGUGGUAUGUGUGAAGAAUAUGGAUCCAGAAGAGGUUCUUCAAUAUGCAACCAGGCUAAGAAAUUCACUGGGGAGAAAAGUGGUGAAACUGAAGACUAGACAUGUAACCAAACAUCCUAGCGUGCAAGGUACCUGGACAACAGACGUGAAAUUUUGAGGCACGCGAAACAAUCCCAACGAGUCUGAAGUAAUCUUAGCUCCUAGUUUGAAGACUAAGUUCAAAUUGGUUUUCAGUUUUGUGCUUUAUCAAUUGCUUGAUUCUGAAUAUGGUAUGAUGUUCCUGUUCAAAUAAUAUAACCUCAUGAAGAAAGUUCAACCAGUGCUCUAUGAGAAUGUGACGUUGGACGAAAAUCAGCCGAUACACCAAUAUGUUAAAUUUCAGAGGCCUACUAUAAAUAAAACCAACAUUGAUGCUUUCUGCACGA